AAUGUGUGGGAUUCGAACCCACUAACCACAAGACCUACAGGCCAGUCAUCAUACGUAUGAUAGAUACGCCGAAACUCGCUUCAGCUACGCGCCGCCACGAGCCAGCCUUUUUUUUGGUUCGGCGGGGGAAUGGACACCCAACUCCUCGGGGGAGAAAGCGGGUAGUGUCAGACCGACAUUGACUAAACCUGAACCGCUCUACAGGCGCCCUGCAUUUUGACGGUUCACGGCAAUGCAUAGCAAUUCAACACGCAAAACAUGAGCCUGCGUUGCAUUCAGGCGCCUAUUAUUGAAUAUUGAUUACCAUACUCGGCAGUGUACUUUGAUUCACUUAUUACACAGUCAUAAUAUCAUUAUCAAAUGACUGUUGCAUCAAGACUAAUAAGCACAACCCCAGCAUAAGACAAGUGAUAGCGGACGCUCGUAUUUCUGAAGAAACAAUAUCGAUACAAACUCGAUAGAAACAAAAUCGAAAGAAACAAAAUCGAUAGAAUGAAUUUAAUUGAUGGAAGCAUAUUUUUUUUCUAAAAAUAAAAAAUACAUAAAUAGGAUACGUGCUUAAUUAAACACCAAAAUAUUCGGGUGAGAGCUAAACUAGUUAUUUUAUAACCUGCGUACAGUGCCGGAUUACGCCAGCGUUCCGUGACUUGCCUGUAGCAAUUUUGGCCAACGGGGCCCUUGCCUCUAGGUUCUAAAAUUUUCCUUAGUCCGUUGGUUUUGCUGCUACCAACAUGUUUACAAUGCAGGGUAAGUACCAGAAACUUGUGCUGCAACUUUCUAUUACUGUCAGACAGGCCCAUCUAUUCGUGAAGCUUAUAGCAUUUGCUAAUCAUGGAACGUGGCUACAUGUACCAUGUAUGGCUCAUAUGGCUAGCUUUAUUUUGUGAUAAUUGAAAUUUACAAAAAUCUGAAUUGUCUCGUAGCCCAAAAAAGUAAACAACCGAUAAUCUGUAUAGUCUGUGGAUUCACCAGCCGUGUGUGACAGUUGUAGACAGUAUCAGCGCCGGGCGCCCAAAACAAAGAUUUUCAACUUCUAAAAUGUCAACCACACUCAGUCAAUUCAGGUGUCACUGUUUGCCCGUUAAAACUUUGUUUUGUUAAUAGUUUUAACUUGAAGAUUGUUGUUUAUUUGAUUCCUAAGCCGAAGACAAUGCAUAAUUAGUUUGUGUAGUAACAUAAGGUUCAUUUAAUAAACGCUAUAAAAAUGACUAAAUGGAAGCUUAUUCGUCUAACGUUUGGAUCUGAAGAAUUCACGCUCUCAGACGGAGAUAGAGUAACCGUUGGUCGAGGCAAUAACAAUAUCAUAAGUCUAUCAAGCGCUGUAAUAUCUCGUAAUCAUUGUGUUAUAAACGUACUAAAUAACAAAGCUUUCAUCACUGACUUGCAGAGUUCAAACGGAGUAUAUGUUGGCACCACCAAAAUCCCUCCAAAUACUCCAUUUAGCAUAGAAGACUCUGAUGUUAUUGGUCUGGGCUGGACCACAGGAGCUCCUCUUGUAAAUAUUAAUGACAGUGAAAAGUAUGUUUUCAAGUUAAUUGAAGAAAAAAAUAAGUUAUCCAUAACAAGUAAAAUAAGAUAUCAAAGUGAAAAUGAAUUGGAUGAUAUUGAAUCUCAAAUUGCUAAAUUAGAUGGUUCAUUAAUUGAUCCCAAGAGUACAGUAGAACAAGAGAAUUCAAAAUCUCCUGUACUUAGUUACAAGGGUCCUCUUAAACGGAAGAUAGACAUAAAUAGCAAUAAAAAUGUCAAAAAAGAAGGGUCCCAUGACAACAAUAAUGGUGUCAUUUAUGUAUCAGACAGUGAUUGUGAAACUCAAAUUAAACAAACUUAUGAGGGCACCAAAAAACAAAAGCUUGAGGCUGUAUGUGAAGAACCGCAGAAACAAUUGCUUAAAGAAAAUGACAUCAAAAAUGAAAAUGAUUUAGAACUUGAAGCAUUUAAUGUAAAACAAGAAUAUUUAGGAUAUGAUGAACCAAUACAAAUUGAUAGUGAAAGUGACAGUGAGUCUGAACAAUGGUUAUUGAGAUUGUCACAAAGUUCCCCGGGAAAACCUUUUAUCAAAAUGGCUAAAAGCCCCAAGUCAAAACCCGAAGUCAAACAAGAUGAUAGUUCAUAUAGCCAAUUGGAUGAUUUUGUAUGUAUGAAUAAUUUAAUCUUUGAGGAUGAUGGAGAACUUUAUGAGGAUGAUAUCAUUUCUGUUCCCCAAUUAAGUGAACAUAAAAGUAAUGAGAUUCUUGAUAAAGAAACAGCUGAAAUACUGCAAGAAGUAACAAAUGUAAAUAAUGAAAAUGAACUUGAAGAAUUUUCGGAUGACAUCAUUUCUAUUGCUGAUCCUAUGUUAUUAUAUAAAACAGACCAAUGUAACAAAGGACCAUCAGUAGAUGAAGCUGAUGGAUUCACUAAUAAAGUUCCAAAAGAAAUGCACAGUAUAAAUAAGUCAGCUGCCAAUGAUACUAUCAAAAGGACACAGUUAAUAAAACCUAGGGCUCAUUCAACUAAAGGUAGAAAUCACUCAGUUUCAGAUGUUAAGUCAAAGGGCUCCUCAUCUAAACAGAGUAGAGUAGAAAAAUCGUAUCAAAAGCAUGAUUCUCAUUCUCUCAAAGAAGAACGCAAAAAGAAACUCAAAGAAAUAGCAUGUAAAGAUAAAGAAUCUGAAGAAAAGACUAAUGGCGAUUCUUUAGGGAGUAGUAAACCAGUAACUAAUGUCAAAGUUACCACAUCUAACCGCGGCGCCUUUUUAACAGAAAUUGCACAAGCGGUAGGUAAACCUGUUAGAACAAAAGAUACCGAUAAGAAUUCGUCAAUCUCGAAAGAAAAUAAAAAGCAAGAAACUGUUCAUAAUCUUGAAAGCAAGGACAAUGAAACUAUAAAUACAAAAGAAAAAAGUAAAGGUUCUAAGCAAAGAGACCACAAGACAGAAAGCAAGACUGAUAUUAUGACAUCGAAAAAUACUUCUGCGCAUAGAGAAAAAAGGGUAUCCCUUAAAAGUCGGAAGCCAUUAGAAAAUUAUGAGAAAUCAUCAAAGCCCAUUUCUAAAGUUGAACCAAUGCAAGUGGAGAAACGAAAGAAGAGUGUUCGAUUCUCUGAAAUGGCACCACAAGUGUUAGUUUAUCAAAUUGAACCUGGCAACAGAUUAAAAAAAACAAGCUUAGCUAAAACACUAGUGGAUGUUCGACAAGCACCUAUAUUUUCUUUGGAGAAAAUAACUCUUAUGAAAAUCCUGCGUUGGAAUCCACAGUGGUUAGAGGAACAAGUACACAAUAAUGAUCCACCUCCAAUUUUGGGUCACAAUAAUACACCUCUGGCCAUCUUCCACUCGUUUGUAAAUCAUAGUCAAUAUGUGCAAUUAAUUGGGGAUUUGCUUCUUAUGGAAAUAUGGGAGUGUUUAACUAUAGCGUAUACGAAAGCACAUAAUCAAAAUAAUAGCAUACAUAUGACAGUAGAAUCUCCUCCACCCAUACCAUCCCAAGAAAGAUACUUUGAUCUAUUUAAUAUUAGCGUGAGCGUUUCUGUCCCAUCGUCGUCUACAAAAAAUGUUCCAAGAGUGGGAGAAAUUUUUCUCAUUGCUUUUGGCCCAGAAAACGCAAAAACUAGUCGGUUCUUUUUUGUGCACAAUGUCAGAUGCCUUCCAUCACCUACUGGUAACAGACACGCAUUCUACAGUGUGUCGCUGCAAGCUACUUUUACCGAAAAGAUGAUGUUAUUGAGACCAGGAGAAGUGAUGAAAGCCUUGAAUCUAGCUUACAUUAACAAAGAACUGAUGUUAUUCGAGGCAAUGGCUUAUCUGGCUGAGUCACCUCUCAGUGAGGCCAUACUUAAACCGGAACCGCACCAUUUUAUAACUGUUCAACAAAAUCAUUUACUCAAUUUUCAAUCACAGUGGACAAUGGCUCUGAACCCUAGUCAGCUGAUUGCAGUAAGUUCGUCUGUGUGCGCUGCCUUGAGUGAUAGGCCUUCCAUACAAAUGGUUCAGGGGCCACCUGGCACCGGAAAGUCCAGUGUAAUAUGCGCCAUCGUCAUGUCUUACUUUUACAAUGCGCAAGGCAAAAAACAACAAAACAGAGGGAAAAUACUCAUUUGUGCUACUAGUAACGCCGCUGUAGAUGGACUCGUCAUUAGAUUGUUGAACAUGAGGCAGAGCUUACCAAAACAGGAAAGGUUCCGAAUGGUGCGCGUGGGCCGCGCAGAGGCGAUGCACCCUAAAGCUUGCGACAUUAGCUCUCAGCAGCUGGCCACGCGAGAACUGGCCAGGAUACAUGCUGAGCAGCCCGCAGCACCCGCUGGACUCGAAGAAGAGAUUCAACAUAUAGAAGCUAAAAUAAACAUGUGGAAGACGGCAGCCCAAGACGCUAAGGACCCCGCCCGUGUAAGCUACUGUCAGAAACGCGUCUCUGAGCUCCUGAACCGGAUGUCACUGCUACGAUCAGGUUCCGGACGAAGUGGCAGCGAGAUCAGACCAGAACAAUUAAUUCAUGCCGAAAAACGCAUUAUAGAGGGCGCUGAUAUCGUUGUCACAACUCUAUCAAGUGCACAAAACCACAAAAUGAGGGGAUUGAAGCGUCGAAUAGCCUUAUGUCUUAUAGACGAGGCUGGGCAGGUAAUCGAACCGGAGACCCUUAUACCACUCACUCUUGAUGUGACCCGGUUAACGCUUAUUGGUGACCCACAGCAAUUACCUGGCUACAUCUGUUCUCAGCGAGCAAAAAAGCAUGGACUCAGCGAAAGUCUGUUUUCUCGCCUAACGUCUUGCACGGAGCAUUGGCCGUCUGGUGGCCCAGUAGUAUUACUCAACCAACAGUACCGCAUGCAACCCGACAUUGCGGAUUAUCCUAGCAGAGCCUUCUAUGGCGGGAAAAUAAACACUGUUGCUCCGCGGAGACCGGAUCUGCCGAUACCUACGUACAACAUUAUUAGCAUACCAAGCGGUGAUAAAGGGCAAGGUUCAUCUGGGGCUAACGAGAUGGAAGCAUGGGGCGUGACUAGGCUGGUGAUAGCUCUGGCAAAUAUAGUGCGGCCACUGAAUCUAACUCUAGCGGUUAUAACGCCAUACAACGCUCACAAAGAGCUUAUUAGGAAAAAUUUAAAAACAUUACUACCGGGCGACCACCAGGCGGAGGUGAACACUGUGGACAGCUUCCAAGGCCAAGAGCGUGACGUGGUGGUGGUGUCGCUGGCGCGCAGUCACGGCGUCGGCUUCCUCACUGACGCCGGCCGCAUGAACGUCAUGCUGACCCGAGCUAAACAUGCGUUAUUUAUCUGCCUUAAUCCAAAUGCCAUGAUGAAAAAUUGCCUAUGGAGAACUCUCAUAGAAGAUGCUCAAAAAAGAAACAUGUACAAGACACUGCCUAGCAAAAUGUGUCAGCCUAUUACUUCGGCACAAAUAGCGAGUGACGAAAUUCUGAAACAUAUAACAAAUCAAAAAACAAAUUACCACCCUCAUCGUUAGACUAACUAGUAUAUAAGUACUAUGCAUACUAUGACUGAAUUGUAUGAGCUUGGACAAAUUAACUCUAUUAAGGAAGAAAGUUGAAAUACCCACAGAAUACGUUUUCAUUCUAUGGUCAGCAUAGACCUCAUGCUGCAUGGAUUCAUUUCUUUUAAAAUUAUCAUAAAAUGAAGAUUGGUAAUCUGUUACUGCCAAAUACUGAUGCUAUUCUCUGAUUAAUCUUAUUAUAUUAUAGUAGUUAGUUUUUCAACACAUUACUAGUAUACUCUAUUCAUAUAUUCUACCUAGUUGACGAGUCGUCUACCUGUAUACGAUACCGGCACGGAUCUUGAGCGAGGACCUUCAACGUCGCAGUUUUUUUGGGUCCCUUUUGCGGUAUGUAGUGAGGCGCGGGGCGGGCCAAUCCGGAUUGGCGUUUUUUAUUUUGUCAUAAGUGUACGAUGUGCAAAACGAUCCCCACUCUUCCGCCGAACGGUCAAGACCCGUGCCGAUAACUAUAUGAGUCUACGAGAACUGGCAGACCGUAGGUAUACAUAUUUUUUUUCAGGUCUUUUAUAGGAACCUGACAGAGCAUAGUUUUUUUGAGAUGAGUUGUUUUUUUUACUUUUGUUAAGUUUUCAUAAUUAUUCUGUAACUUCCUCAAUUCCAGUGUUCAUGUUUUAUAUGUUAGAGGUUGAGUUUUUACCUUAUUAGUCACUAAAGGAUUAUUUUUAAACGACCAGGCAAAUUUUAGCAAUACGAGCUUAAGAGCGAAUAAAAAAUUACAUCCGUGUAACGCCGUGACAGGAGUUCAAUUAUUGAACUCCUCCAAAACAUCUAGAUUGAUUCUUAUGAAAUAUUUCAGUGCAUAUUGGGUAGGUCUGAGAAUAGGACAACCUCGAUUUUCAUAGCCCUAUAAAAUUAAUUUAAAAAUGUUCUAAAUAGCCUAAUAGACACACUAACAGGACGAUGGUCCCUAAACCUACCUAGUUCCGUAUUCAUUCUAGCCUUUUUAAGAGGGGUAAAAACUGUCUGGUCGUUAAAAGUAACCCUGAAUUAGGAUAAGUUACCGCUAGCUUGUCUUAGCUCAGCAGCAUAAGUUUUAAAACUGUUAAUUGCAAUUAAUGCUUAAUUUACUCCCAAUACGCUUUUGCUGUACGUAUAAGUAUAAUUUAUACAUUGUUUAGUACUUUACAUCUGUUAGAGGGAACGGACUUAGUAUGUGAUUACCAUUUUGACUAAUAUAAAUGUCUCGUUACGAGUACUGCAUGUAUUGUCAUAUCCUCUUACUAGUGUUGUAGUUUUAUGUACAUAAUAAGCAUAAGCCAAUAAAAUAAUGUUGUAUUGAUAUUCUUUUUAUUUAUUCCAUCAUUGGGAUUUCAAAAUAAUUUGCCUACUGAAUUGUUUUUAAAACGUUUUUUUAUCUCUUGUUAAGAUUUAAAGUGAUAUCUAUGAAAAUAUAUAGCCCUCGGCAUUCUACCUUG